AAAGCAGAGGAGUCGCUCCUCACUGUUAUUGGGCGGCGCGCACAGCCUGAGGCUUGGCCACGCCCCAAUGGAACCUUCAGGUGAAAGCGUCAGGCGAGAGGAGUGUGCCGGCGGUGAAGAAGAGGCGGCCAUGCGGAAGAAGAGGCAGCUCGUGCUCUCCGCUCCGGGGAAAGUCAUUCUGCACGGAGAACACGCCGUCGUGCACGGAAAAUUGGCUCUGGCUGCAGCCUUGAACCUGCGUACCUUCCUCCGUUUGACUCUCAUUGAAGAAGAAGAAGGUAAUGAAGAAGAAGAAGAAGAAGAAGAAGGAAAAGAAGGCGGCCAAGUGCGUCUCCUUCUUCCGAACCUUGGGCUAAGAUUCUGCUGGGAGACGCUUCACCUCAAUUCGCUGCUUUUGGCCAAAUUCAAAAACCAGGUUCCCAAAACAGAACAAUUGGAAGCCGUUAAGGCCUUUGUUCUCCUCCAUCAAGAAGAAGAAAGAAAAGGAGGAGGAGGAACCCCUUGUGUGGCCGCCAUCGCCUUCCUCUUCCUCUAUCUCGCCAUCGCCUCCCAAAGGGAGGCAAAUUGUUCGCUUUGCAGCCUGGAGGUGGUGCUAUGGUCUGAGCUGCCUACUGGAUCAGGCCUGGGUUCAAGCGCUGCCUUCUGCGUUUGUUUGUCAGGAGCCUUGCUCUCCGCAUUUGGGAUCAUUGACUUCCCUUCCCUCCAAAAAGGAGAAGGAACACACAGGUGGACUGAGGCUGAACUGGAGGCUGUCAAUGGGUGGGCCUUCCGCGGAGAACAGAUCAUCCACGGAAACCCCUCAGGAGUGGACAACGCCGUCAGCACAUGGGGUGGAGCUUUGAGGUACCAGUCUGGGAAGAUCUCCCCAUUAAAAAAGUUCCCUACUUUGCGUAUCUUGUUGACAAACACCAAAGUCCCCCGAAGCACCAAAGUCCUGGUUUCCGGCGUCAAAGACAAGCUUUUAAAGUUCCCUUCGAUCAUGGAUCCAAUCCUGAUGUCAAUGAAUGCCAUUUCAGAGGAAUGUGAAAAGACCCUGCAGAAAAUGGCCGAGGCAGAAAGUCCCUCCAAAGAACAUUACGUUAUAUUAGAGGAGCUGAUAGACCUGAACCAGAGCCACUUGAAUGCACUGGGUGUGGGCCACCCUUCACUGGAUGCCGCCUGCCGAGUGACCGCUGCCCUCGGCCUCCACACCAAGCUGACCGGCGCCGGAGGAGGGGGCUGCACUCUCACUCUACUGCCACCAGAUGUUGAUCCUGAGACGAUUGCAUCUGCGCUUGCAGGCCUUUCUGACUGUGGCUUUGACUGCUUUGAGACAGUGCUUGGAGGUCCCGGCCUCUCUUUACACCUCCUUCCUUCCUUGAAAGCAAAUGUUUUGCAGGCUUUCAAUGAGGCUUAAAAAAAAACCCCUUUCCUCCUCUUUCCAACGAUGCCACUUUUGUGAGGGUUUUCAUCUUAUUUCUUAUUAAAAAAUGGCUUUUAUUUCCUAA